UAAAGACUUCCGACGCACAAACAAACAUACUCGAAAAGCACUCCAUAUGGACUUUGAAGACGAUGAGGAGGUUGUGCAACCGCACUAUGCACAGAAAUUCCGGGCUCCCACAGAUCCCCUCCUUCUGGCCACAUAUGAGCUCUUCAGGCCGUCUCAUCAGACCUUGAACCUACACAGCGAACGAAAUCGCGAGAUUUUUGCUGAGGCCUUUAUAGAGGGAAACUUGGAUAAUUUGGUUAAUCUGAGCGUCAAGAGUUUGGCCAAACUGGGAAUUCGGGGCAUAUCUCCAACUUUGCAGGCGAGUCCGCAGCUUAUGAGGAUAUUUUACGACGCCCUAGAUGUGGAACUGCCUUUGAGAGAUUGCUAUUUGAUCGAGGACCAACGAUUUUGGCGACGCGUCGUACUUAGCAAGACCAUGGACAAAACGUUGCACCUGAAGCGCUGGAACGAGUUCGACUGGAAGUCGGAGGGCGUGAGCCGGAAGUUUGUGGAGCAGGUCGAGUCAUGUCCAGUGAACGUGAAGCCGCAGAGGAGGCUGGCUCAGUUGGCUGAAAUUAUUUGGCAGUAUGUCAACUCCAUGCACAUCCGCAAGCUGCAGGCUCUGCCCGACUAUGCCUUCAUUAAGCACUUGGAAAGCGAGCCUGAAGAGGAUAUAUCCUCGGAGUCAUCGGACGAGGAGGAGAUAUCCAGCGAUGAGCCGGAUACGGAAAUGGACGAGGGCGAGGAGGAGCACCAGUCUAGUAGUUCCAGCGGCGAGGCUGCCAUUACUUUCUGGCGAGCGGAAACCGAGAACGAGGACACGAUUCGCCGGAAUGCACGACAUCUGCGCAACGCCAACCGCCAGCAGGCUCGGGAUGCUAUUGCUAGGAAACGGAAGGAUCGCAUGGAGCGCAAGAAGAAGCACCAGGAGAAACUGUACGCCUUGAAGAAUCCGGAUCAAUCGGGCAAAAAAAAGAAGAAAAAGAAGAAGGAGCCGCCCAUUCGAGACGUGUUCAGCAUAAACGUUCCUCCAGAAGAUGAUGAUGAUGAGGACACGAAACCGGACAAUCGCAACAAGCAGCUGCUCCUGGAGCGGGUCAAGCGGUAUGACUAUCCGGAAGACCACUGCCAUCACAUCGAUCUGGGAUUCGUCCGCUAUUUUGAAAACAUGAUGUCUCUGACGCUGGAGUUUUUGGGACCACCUGAUGUUAAAGACUAUCACAGCCGUUUUAUGAAGUUCUCAGACGGUGAUAUGGUUCGUCUUAGCAGAGGGCUGAAAUACUUACCGAACCUCAAGACCUUCAGGCUUCGAAACAGUCGCCUCAGUAUGAAGAAGUUUCGUAUCCUGGCCCGCGCCCUGCAGAACUUAGACACCCUUGAAGAGGUGGACUUUGGCUAUGACCAAAUGACGGAUGAGUGCAGCGAAGGCCUGUCCUAUUUGCUAAAACGCCCUUUGAUGUACCGCAGUAUCCAGCUGGAACACAACAAAUUGGGCCCCAAUUGUGCAAUUGUGCUGGGCGAGGCGUUGAGCCAAUCGCAGUUAGGAGUUUUGGAGUAUCUGGGCCUGGCUCACAAUCCGCUUAAUGAAUUGGCCCUGCACUCGCUCAUCACGUGCAUUAUCGGAACCCCCCAUGUGUGGGCCCUCAACAUCUCGGGGGUCAACACCACCCUUGGUUCGUUUUCCCGGGAUAUAGGAACCCUCCUGCGCAGCCACACUCCUCUGAUAAGCCUCGAAAUGGCCGCCAUCAACAUUGGCAUCUCACAGGGGAAUCAAAUACUGAGAUCCCUUGAAAAGAAUACCCGAGUCCUUUACGCCGACUUCCGGGAAUGUGAGCUGAGCUUCGACCAGGAGUUCGAAGUGGACAUGAUAGUGCGUCGAAAUAACUACAUUCAUGAAAACCUCCACCACGGCGAGAAUCUGUGUAUGGUGGUCAAGGAGCGCCGCCAUCCGAUUAUACAGCGAAUCGAGGACGAUUUCUCGCGGCGAAAGGAGUGCAUGGAGGUGCGGCCCAAGUUCUCGAGCUCCAGCAAGGAAUCCAUUCCGGAGGUGUUCGUUGAGAAGAAGGAGGUGGAGGAGGAGGGCGACUUCUGGGCAAUGUUGGCUCGCUGGAACCAGCCGACAGCGCCUGAAGUGAGGGAAUCGCACACUUCGAAGGAAUCGCACCCCUCUCAAAUUGGAAACCCAGAACCCUUUGUUUUCGAACCCAACAAUUUCGAUCUGGACCAGUUCCGGAAGUCUGUCUUUCUGCCAGGCCCUAGCAAUCGCUUUUUCUACCUGCAAAAGAACAAAACACCCUAGUUUGUAGCCCUUUUCACCACCUACCAUUGCAUAACAUUGUACUCUGAGUAUAUUUUCAAAGCAUUA